AUGCUCCCCCUCUCUCUACUACUUAUUUUACUCUUUGGUUGUACUGCGGUCACCUCACAGCAACUGUUAUCCAAUCCACGAUGCAAUCACUGGCCAGAUCGUGGCACGUGUGAGCUCGCGUUUCACGUAAAAUGGUAUUAUGAUCGGUAUGAUCAUCGGUGUCGACGAUUCUUCUAUGGUGGAUGCGAGGGAAAUGAGAAUCGAUUCGACACGUUAGAAGAAUGUUCCUCCCAAUGCCACUACCAAGAACCCACCAACCGUGACCGAUGCUUCCAACCCCACGACCCAGGACAUUGUCAUGCUGACAUCGAACGUUGGUUCUUCGACCAGGACAAGAAACAAUGCGUGUGCUCGUGGUGGUCUGGGUGUGGUGGCAACUCCAAUAUAUACUAUUCUUACAAUCAUUGUAAGCUAAUCUGCGGGGAAUAUGCGGAGCACGGACCGGGUAUUGAUGAGAAGUAUUGGGGACGCCAGAUGAACAGUUCAAUGUCGGCGGAGUCCCGUCUCAUCUUUAACAACCCAACAGCAUACUACAAUCAUCACUCGGAAGAACCGUAUCCAGUGCAAGUUCCAAUUGACAACUCAUUCUAUGACAAUCAUCCAAGACACCUUCCAUAUUCGGAUGACUGGAAUAAUAAUCUGCUGACAAUUAAUAUUAGUCACAGUGAUGAUGGACCGAGCUACUUUCACGCAGCUCCUGUAGUCACUGUUCCACUUCUUAGCCGUGCUGCACAGUCAUUCAAAACUCAAGCUGACGGUCUGACAAUCCACCGUUACGACUCGGAACCACGCCCAAUGCAAGUGAUAGAUCAAAAUACAAACUGGCAGAUUCAAGAACAACAGCCAGUUCAGCAAAAUGGAUAUAUCAAGAGGAAGUUUAAAAUGAUGAAGAAGAAGAUUCCACCGAGAAUGAUUCAUUUGGGAACUCGACCAUCUAGUCCAUCGAAUGCAUAUCGGAUUCAGCUGGAUGGGGACUCCACGGAUAGUAAUCGACCAGUCACUUAUCAAGUGGUUAGAGAGCAAGACGCACACGUUCAACAACACAAUCAAAUCUCUCAAUCGCUGCAAGACGAAGCCGAAGAGACGCAGAGGCGAAUCCAGGAAACACUGCGUCGCAAUUACUAUGAGCAGGCAAGAUAUCAAAGGCCGCCGGUUCAGAUGCCUCCUCCACCACCACCACCCACGCAUCAAGCGAACAAUGAGAACUAUCAUCCGGAGCUAGUCAAUCAAUUCCGCUCGCACCUGGAAGAGCAUGAGAAGGCGUUGCGGAGGAAGUUGGAGGCUCAGUUCCCGGAUCAUAUUAUCACUUUGAUACCUCAUAUUGAGACAGUAAGACAUGCAGAUGGAAAGAAUAUUGUGAGACAGAGAAUCCAAUGGACCGCCCAUCCAAAAGGAGCAAGGGUUCCAGAACUUGCUCCGAUACCUCCAGUUGCUCAGUUGCCCCCAGUUUUCCAACCAACUUCACCAGUCUUCUAUCAGCCAACUUCUCAACCGCCAACCUUUGCUCCAGUUCCAGAAGAAACAGAAGAGCCAACAAUGUCUCCACACGAACUGGCCCGUUUGAAACAUGAAGAAAUGCAGAGAAAAUACAAGGAGGAGAUAGAAAAACGACAGGAAGAACAGAAGAGACAACAGGAGGAACACAAGAAGAAGAUUCAAGAACUCAAAGCACUUCAACAGAAAGAAAGAGAGAGAAUUAUGGCUGAAAGGGAGAAAGCUGAAAACGAGAGAAGACUCCAAUAUGAGAAUGAAAUGAGACAAAGAGCUGAGGAAUACAAGGCAAAAAUGCGGAUGACGACUACACCGACUCCCACGACUACUAUUGAGACAACUACGGAAUACCUUCCAUACCCAACAGUCCCUAUCAGAGAAGUCGUCUAUGAUGCAGAUGUCAGAAGACCUAUCCCUACUAGCAAGUCUCUGGCGGAGCCCAUAGAGCAUGUCCGACCGAUAAUUGAGAAUGUGACACCAGCCUCGUUGAGCUUGGAGGAUAUCAUUGCAAUGGACAACCAACGAUCAGACUAUGAAGAUGAGUAUGAUGUCCCUAUGGACUUCCCGGAUACAGAGGCUCCUCCAUUGACUACGAGAGCUCCGGUGCUCCGAUACACUCCUGCUCCACCACCUCCUCCACCACAAGUCCCUCAACCAAGGGCGCCGGUUAAUGGAGGAAUGUCACCGAUUGUGUUGCCACCGACUAGUGGAAAAAAAUCGAAACUGUUCGCGCCUCCAUCCAGUGAGGAAUACACUCAAGAAGUCGACUUUGAUCCAUACGUAGAUUUUGUCAAAUGA